CAGAAGUAUUCUGGGCUAUUGUCCUCACUGGACCUGCCCAGAAGCAUUGCAGUUGCUGAGAUUUCUCCUUCCCCUGGGAGCUCUGUUGGAAGCACAUGAGAUUCCAUUCUGCGGGGUUAUUCCUACCAGAAGCUACCAAAGCCGGACACCUACCAGCUCUAAAGCUCUGUGUCUCAGCUCAUCUCUCCCAGGAUUCCAAUUAAUUGAAGCAAAGAUUCAACAAGGUGCCUGAGGACUGGAAGGAGAAUGCUCCGAGGCCGAUCCUUAUCUGUGACAUCCCUGAGCGGGUUUCCCCAGUGGGAAGCUGACAAACUUCCUGUGGAGGAUUUGCUGCUCUUUGAAGUUUCUUGGGAGGUGACCAAUAAAGUUGGAGGGAUCUGUACUGUGAUUCAGACAAAGGCCAAGACGACAGCAGAUGAGUGGGGUGAAAACUACUUUCUGAUAGGCCCACAUUUUGAGCACAAUAUGAAGACUCAGGUGGAACCGUGUGAACCGUUGAACGCAGCUGUCCGACGAGCGAUGGACGCCAUGAAUAAGCACGGCUGCCAGGUGCGUUUCGGAAGGUGGCUGAUAGAAGGGAGUCCCUAUGUGGUGCUCUUUGACAUUGGCUACUCUGCCUGGAACCUGGACAGAUGGAAGGGCGACUUCUGGGAAGCGUGCAGUGUUGGCAUCCCUCAUCACGACCGGGAAGCCAAUGACAUGCUCAUAUUUGGGUCUUUAACUGCCUGGUUCUUAAAAGAGGUGACGGACCAUGCAGAUGGUCAACAUGUUAUUGCCCAUUUCCAUGAAUGGCAGGCUGGAACUGGGCUGAUUCUUUCUCGAGCCCGGAAACUCCCUAUUGCCACAAUAUUUACAACCCACGCCACAUUACUUGGGAGGUAUCUGUGUGCAGCAAAUGCUGAUUUCUACAACCACCUGGAUAAGUUUAACAUUGACAAAGAGGCCGGGGAAAGGCAGAUUUACCACCGCUACUGCAUGGAGCGGGCAUCUGUUCAUUGUGCUCAUGUAUUCACCACAGUUUCUGAAAUAACAGCAAUUGAGGCAGAACAUAUGCUGAAGAGAAAGCCUGAUGUAGUUACUCCAAAUGGCUUGAAUGUUAAGAAGUUUUCAGCAGUGCAUGAAUUUCAAAAUCUGCAUGCCAUGUACAAGGCCAGGAUCCAAGAUUUUGUUCGAGGUCAUUUCUAUGGUCAUCUUGACUUUGAUCUGGAAAAGACUUUAUUCCUUUUCAUUGCGGGGAGAUAUGAGUUUUCAAACAAAGGAGCUGACAUCUUCCUAGAAUCCUUAUCUAGACUAAACUUCUUGCUGAGGCUGUCGUAUUUUCUAAUCUCUCAUCAGAUGCAUAAAAGUAACAUCACCGUGGUGGUGUUUUUCAUUAUGCCUGCCAAGACAAACAAUUUCAAUGUGGAAACCCUAAAAGGACAAGCAGUGCGGAAGCAGCUAUGGGACACUGUACAUUCAAUGAAGGAAAAGUUUGGAAAGAAACUCUAUGAUGCAUUGUUAAGAGGAGAAAUUCCUGACAUGAAUAAUAUUUUGGAUCGAGAUGACCUAACAAUUAUGAAAAGAGCCAUCUUUUCAACACAGCGACAAUCUCUGCCACCGGUGACAACUCACAACAUGAUUGAUGACUCCACAGACCCUAUUCUCAGCACCAUUAGGCGGCUCGGGCUUUUCAACAGCCGCUCAGACAGAGUCAAGAUAAUUUUGCACCCAGAGUUUUUGUCUUCCACCAGUCCCCUGUUGCCCAUGGAUUAUGAGGAGUUCGUGCGAGGUUGUCAUCUUGGUGUGUUCCCAUCAUACUAUGAACCCUGGGGUUACACUCCGGCCGAGUGCACUGUGAUGGGCAUCCCCAGUGUGACCACAAACCUCUCUGGCUUUGGUUGUUUCGUGCAGGAGCACGUGGCUGAUCCAACUGCUUACGGUAUUUACAUUGUUGACAGGCGGUUCUGCUCUCCAGAUGAUUCUUGUAAUCAGCUGACUCAGUUUCUUUAUGGAUUUUGCAAACAAUCACGCCGCCAAAGAAUCAUCCAGAGGAACCGGACGGAGAGACUCUCAGAUCUUCUGGACUGGAGAUACUUAGGCAGAUUUUACCAGCAUGCUAGGCAUCUGACUUUAAGCAGAGCUUUUCCCGACAAUUUUCACAUGGAACUCAUGUCACUACCAAUGACAGAUGGGUUUAAGUAUCCCAGGCCUUCCUCAGUACCACCCUCUCCGUUGGGGUCUCAGGCCUCCAGUCCUCAGAGCAGCGAUGUGGAAGAUGAAAAUGAAGAUGAGCGAUAUGAUGAGGAAGAGGAGGCUGAAAGGGAUCGGUUAAAUAUUAAGUCUCCCUUUUAUCUGAGCCAUGUUCCUCAUGGGAAGAAAAAGCUGCAUGGUGAAUACAAGAACUGAAUUCCAUCCUUGCUGAGUGGAGCUGAUGUAGUAAGAACACACUCAGAGUGAUUAUUUAACAGAAUGAAAAUGCCAUGUUUCAUUCCAUUUUCUUCCUGGAAUUACAAUGGAAUUUAUUCUCUGCCUAGAAAGUAGGGAGUAAGUGAAUGGCAAUUUUGGAAUUUAGAAUAAAAUCCAAAUUAUUAUUCCUCUCUAAAUUUAGGCAAGAGGAGGGAUGUUAAAGGGACAAGACUAGAAGUUUUAAAAAAUUGCUAACUUAAGCAAUGGAAAUAUUCUUUUAGGAAUAGGUUUUUUUGGUUUUUUUGUUUGUUUGUUUUUUGUUUUCCUGUUCUGAGAAUGGAAUUCACAGCCUUCACACUGAGCUAUGUCCCUAGGCCAUUUUUAUUUUUAUUUUUUUGAGACAAGGUCUUACUAAGUCACUAAGUUGCCUAGCCUGGGUUUGAACCUCCUGCCUUAGCCUCCCAGAGUGCUGGGAUUACAGACGUACAUGUGUCACAAUGUCCAGCCCAGGGCUUACUGUUUAACUUUUCAUCAUCAUAAUCCUUUGCUUAGUAUUGAUACAACUUCUACACCCCCAUCAUGCAAGUCUCCCAUUCCAUUCUCAAAGAUGCUAUGAAUAUACACUACUGACAUAUUUUAAAUAACUCUUACUGAUUAUUUUUCAUUUUAACAUGUGUCAGCACCCUAAAUUUAUAUUGAGCUUUGCUGAGAAUUAUCAAAAUCCAUAAUAAAUAGCGAUACUAGAUCUAUAUCUUGAUGCAUAUUUAUAACCUCUCAUAUGAAAUCUAGAGUUCAUGUUCAAAUCAAUGAUAGAAAGAUGUUGCCACCUAUAGUAUAUCAACUUACUGUAACAUUUUUCUGUUCUUUAAAUGGAAAGCUUUUUUGAAAAUUUUGGCAAUCUCCCAUCAAUGAUAAAUUGUUAAAUUCAAAGGAAUAAGUAUAUCAAUAUUUAAUGAUUUAUUUUUAUUGCUAUGUUUUGUUUAAAAAUCUUUUAGACAUUAGAAUAACAUGUAAAGCACUUGUUGUGAAUAGUACUUAAUAUAACAUUUAAAACUAUCUUUUUAAAAAGUAGCAAAAAAUUGCAUCUACUUAAUUAUGAUAAGAACAAUGUCUCUAACAUAUUCUGUGAUGUGCUUAGAGUAAUUACUCUUACACUGGUUUAUGUUUUAACUGUGAUUUAAUCUAAUUUGGCAAAAAAAAAAAAAGAGUAAAAACAGCACAUUCACUGUUGAAUUCUUUUUUUCUUUUAGUAACAGAGUAGCCAUUCGCUGUGUGAGUUCCAUCUCAUGCACUGUGAAUACCUUGACUGACAUGUCAGUUGGCUUUCAUUUGUAGAGGCUCUAAAACAGUGCUGGUCUUCUCAGUACUGGGUUAUCGAUGGUAAAAUGGAAGAGGAAGAAAGACAAUGUGUCUCAUGGGUCAAGACCAGUGAAAAACUGUAACCCAGCUCUCCUAUUUCCCCACUGACUAGGAAAAAGUGGAAUAAUGGAUAUAAGCAACAAAUCAAGCCAAAAUGGAAUAUGUUUGCAAAUACAUUCUUUUUAGAGGUUCAAGAAAAAAGAAAUUACCUAAAGCAUAACUCUUGAAAAAUGCUCUGCAAAUGCUAGUAAACCUAGGGUCUGCAGAGAAGUUUGAAAAACUCUGCACUAGAAAGCAGAAAAAAUAUGAUGGGGAUUUCUAUUGCAGACUUAUUUGUUAAAUUCCCAGAAAAAUGUCAUGAUGGUGAGGGGAGUUUCAUUGUUACAACAGUCAUGCCAAUGCAUCCAUAGUAAAACAUCACAAUGUGUACUUUCAAAGGAUACUCUUGGUGGGUAUGGUUUACAGUUAUUGAAAGCAUGAUGCACUGUACAAUAAAAUGUCUCAGUAUAAGACCUUAAAAUUAAAUUCUUUUUGUUCAAUGCGGUAAUAGUUCUAUGAUUAGAAAUGCAUGCAAUAUAAAUAACUGCAGAAAUUAAUUGAGUUGCAAACACCUGGCUUUGAGUGACAAAUUGUAGAAAUUGGAAUUUCUACCCCGCACUCCUCAGCUUUCUACUGAGACAGCUACUACCACUUGAUUCCAUUUCAGUCAUUUAUUUAUACUUUCCCCAAGAUCAACAAAGCCUGUGAGAGAAACAAAUGGGGUUGUUAGUAGAUAACUUUGUGUCUCAUAAUGUGCCUUGUACAAAGGGCAACCCCAUAAGUAAAUGGUUUUGUUGGAAGAAAUAAAGGUACAAAAAAUCGAUCUUUUUAUGGAAAAUAAUGUAUAGUGCUUCAUCAGUUGAUGACAAGACUUUUUUAAAUGGAUUGUACAACUUGCUAAGAUCUGUUGUGACCCCUCAAAAUGCAGAUGUUGAGGGCUGGGGAUGUAGCUCAGUGGUUCUGCCACCUGCCUCUAAGUGCAAGGUCCCGAGUUUGAUCCCCGGUACAAAAGAAAGAAAGAAAGAGAGAGAGAGAGAGAGAGAAGGAAGGAAAGAGAGAGAAAGAAAGAGAUCCUAAUCCCCAAUAUGACGAUACUAGGAAAUUGCAGCUUUCGGGAGUGAUAGGUUGGAAGAGCAGGACCCUUAUAGAAGAGACGCCAGCUGAGGUGGCGGGGGUGUAGCUCAGAGGUAGAGCACAUGCUGAGCAUGCAUGAGGCCUUGUUUUUAAUCCUCACCGCCAAAAAAAAAAAAAGGAAGAAAGAAAAAAGAAAGAGAAAAAAGCAUCGGAGAGCUGCCUUGCAGGCCCUCACCAGAUAUUGAUUCUGCCAAUACCUUGAUACUGGACUUCCAAGCCUCUAGACCAGUGAGAAAUAAAUUUGCUGCUUAUAAACCACCCCAUUUAUGGUACUUUGUUUCAUCAGCCCAAGCUAAUCAAAAUACCACUCUACCUUCUGUGGGGUGAGUCCGGGUGAGCAGAACUGGUUUGGCAUAUACCAGUGUGAGCACUACAGUGCUACAGUACUGUGUUAACAGUUCUCCAGGAUACAAGGAGGACUCGAAAAGGGACUGGUCAGAUCUACUUGAAGAAGUCUGAAGAGGCUUCAUAGGAUGAAUCCAAAAUUCUAUGAAGUCAUGUGAGUGAUAUCACUGCCUAUUUCCCAGGGUGGCUGUGAAGAUAAAAUCAAAUUGAGAAUGAAUUAUUCCUAAAGGAAUUUCAUCAGUAGGAAGACCCUGGGAGGAAUAAAGCUGCAUUCCCAACUUCCCUUUCUCCUCAGGCCAAGAUAAAAUAAUGUAUUUCAAGGCUGAUAAGACAUAUGUUUUUAUUGAUUGCAACCAGGUAAAGAAGAAAUGCAGGUUGGAGACUGAUCUGAAUAAGCCAGGACCUCCUUGCCUCUUCUCUUUCCUUUCUCAGAAUCACAAAGGUGUAAGGGGGGAGAUGAGGUAUCUACAGGGAAACAAAGAAUAACUGAGAGCCCAGGCUGGAGAGGACACAAAGGCAAAGAGGGGCAGGACAGCUUCAUUGUGUAGAAAGUGGCUGAAUGUCCUAUCUGGAGGUGGGAUGUUCUAUUUCAUGUGCUGAAAGCAGUAAUUUCCCAAUUUAAGGUACAAGCUAUAUGAUUUGAACGUUUUUUGACCUAUGAUCACUUGCUCAUUUUAGUUUGUAAAAACACAGAAAUAAAGAGAAUUGCAACAA